AUGGUCGCUAUGAACAAACGGACGAACAAUUCAAUGGAUCGCUGCAAAAUCGUCCGACGUAGAACACAAUCAUCAGCCUUAACGAGUGUAGGAGACAGUGAAAACACAACUACGCUUCCCCUCGAUCUCAUCAUCGAGAUACUCUUAAGACAACAUGCGAAAACAAUAGCAAUAUGUCGUUGUGUGUCGAAGCAAUGGUCAUCCUUACUUCGACGUCAAGACUUCACUGAACUAUACCUGAAAAGUUCAUUGUCUCGACGGCGUCUUUUGUUCGCCAUCGAAUUUGAAUGCAAGUGGCACUUCUUCUCAUGCCCUCAGCCUAGAAACCUUGAUAAGCACGCAACUGUUGUUGAAACAGACUAUCAUAUGAGUUUAUCUGGAGAUUGGAACGACAAUACUUGUCUAUCUUCCAAUGGUUUUGUCUAUCUUUUAGAUAAACAGAUUCUAAAGGGAAAGCUAGAAAGGGUUCCUGUGAUAUAUAACCCUAGCACAGGUCAGCGCAUACCUUUACCUAAAGUUAGAGCAAAAAAUAGUAAUUUGACAAGCUUUCUCGGGUAUGAUCCGAUCGACAAACAGUUCAAGGUUUUGUCCAUAACCGUGACAUUUGAUAGAAGAGUACAACAUAGCUCCAAUGAGCAUCAAGUUUUGACUUUAGACAAGGGAAAACUAUCGUGGAGAAAGAUCGAAUGUUCGUUUCCGCAUUAUCCUAUAAACUACAGCAAUGGGAUAUGCAUCAAUGGUGUUUUGUAUUACAUAGCGGUGCGGUCCAACAUGACUACUUUGAUAGCAUGUUUUGAUGUUAGGUCUGAGAAAUUUAGUUUCAUAGAAUCAGAAAAGGGGCCUAGGUUAACUCAGAUUUUUUUGUUGAUAAACUACAUGGGAAAGUUAGGUGUCGUAAUACAGGUUUUGGGUGGUCAAGAUGAGUUAUGGGUUCAAGAUGAUACCAAGAAAGAUAAAAGCUUGAAGUAUAUCUCAGUUAUGCCACGUACAAGUAUACAAAAAUCAAUUUGGGCAACUGAUACAGGUGAAAUUGCUUGGGUGCUAAGUCAAUGGACACGACCAUUCUAUGUUUUCUACUAUAACCUUGAGAAGAAGAGUGUUAGAAAAGUUGAAAUCAAAGGAAUCGAAGAAAAAUUAUUGAUUGGUAUUGAAGAUAGCCCUGAAGCUCAUUUCACCUUCCUAGACCAUGUUGAGGAUGUGAUGUUUCUCUAA